CCACGCAGGGCGAGCAAGAAGGAGGUGGCCAAACAGAGGUGCCCCGCAAUCAGAUAUGGCGUCAACGAAGGUCUCAGUGACGACUGGAAUGGCCACGAAGCGACCAGCCGAACAACGCCCUCUCUACGCACCCGAGGAAACGUGGCGCCGCGAUUGUCUGUCCAGGGCAGGCUCCAAGUACCAUGUCGUCAAGGGGGGCUCUGCCCUCUGCUCGCGGCUCUACUACACACUGACCUACUGGUGCUUCUGCUUCGUGAGGCCGCUACUCGACGAGGUGCGCACAAGGCCACUGACGGCCGACGUGCUGCCCCCUCCGCCCAAGGAGAUGAAGUGCCACAGAAAUGCUCGCGACCUCAGGGAGAGCAGGAGCAGGGACCAGGGGCUCAUGAGCACCCUGCUGGUCCUGAGGAGGUGGCCUUUGGUCAACCUGACCCUCUGGGCGGCGCUGCACCGGGCGUGUCUGACCUCCUUGCCCUUCCUGCUGUCGCUGAGUCUACAGAACGACGACCCGACGGACGCCAUGUCGAUGGGCGGAGUGGGGCAGGGCUGUCUGCUCUUCCUCGCCAUGUCGCUGCUCGCCACCUUCAGCAACGGCGUCUACCUCCACCUGGGACACAGAGAGGCUCUGCGCGCCAAGGGGGCGCUGGCAGGGAUGGUUUUCGAUGAGGCACUGAGGCAGCCGCUGAGCUACACCAAGACGCCUGACAGCGACAAGCUUAAGGACGAGGGCACCCUGGACGUGCUCAACUUGAUCAGCUCCGACUGCGAGAAGGUCGGCAUGGCGCUCUUCCAGCUGCCGACGAUCGGCCUAGUGCCGCUGCAGAUGGGCGUGCUGAUAGUGGCGCUGGCGUACCAGAUCGGCUGGGGCGUCGUGGGUGGGCUGGGGGUGCUGGUCCUGCUCUUUGUGGCGAUUGGGACGGUGCUGACGGUGGGCAUCAAGGUGUCCAAGAGGGGCCAGCGGUUCGCCGAUGAGCGGCUGAGGAGGAUGGAGGAGAUCUUGCAGAACAUACUGGCCAUCAAAAUACACGGUAGGGUAGGUAGGAAGGGGUGCGUGUGUGUGAGUGUGAGUGUGCGUGCGCUGGUGUGCUGCAGCUUGGGAAGGAGGCUUCGUCAAGCUGCUCGACCAGCUCAGGUGCCUGCCAGACGAAUCAUGUCGUCCGUGCGCUAUCCUGUCCUGCCACACACCUUGUGCGUCUUGUGUGGCUGCGUGGUUGUGUGCGGCCCAGAGAGAAGGAGAUAUGGUGUCUGGUGUACGCCCGUGUGCUGUAUUCCAUUCUCCUGUGGUCCUUCACCAUGACCCCGCCACUCGUCACUCUCGCCGCAACGGGUAAAUCAAUCACUGUAGUACGAAGAGACACAAGACAUCAGCACCAGCACACCAACCAUACCAUCUGUGUGUGUGUGGGUGUGUGUGCCUGCAGGUAUGUAUGUCUUGACGGGCCGCGAUCUGACCAUCGUGCGGGCGAUGAGCGCUCUGGCGCUCUUCAAGGCCCUCCAGCUGCCCCUGCUCAACCUGCCCGAAGCCAUCCAAGCCCUCAGUGAGCCCACUCACACACCACUCACAAAGGACAGAAAGCAGCCCGGGCUGCUGUCUCGGUGUCUCAGGCACCGGCAUUGCUGCUUGCAAGCGCAUCGAGGCCUACAGCCGCCAGGCCGCACCCGCAAGGGCACUCCCCUCCCGCCCAUCCCAAUCAGACAGCCCUGCCCCCCAGCAGCAGCAGCAGCAGCAGGCGGCCCCCAAGGACACACCCAUCGUGUGCAUCGACAACGUCUCAUUCACACGAUCAUCCACCAGCCUCUCGUCAAUGCCCAGCUUCUCGACAAGAGCCGGCACCGAGAGGGGGGAUUACACAGCGGCCAAUGUUGCUGCUGCUGCUGCUGCUGCUGCUCCUGACGUGUGUCUGUGGGAUGUGGGUGUGCACGUGGGCAGAGGCGCGCUGGUGGGGGUGGUGGGGCCGGUGGGCAGCGGCAAGUCCACCCUGCUGCAGGCCAUGCUCGACGAGCUGACCCCGAUGGGCGAGCAGACGUCGCCACCCAUCCUCGCCCCGCACACGGCGUACCUGCCCCAGCCGCCAUGGCUGCAGUCGGCCUCUCUGCAGACCAACAUCCUGUGCGGCCGCCCUUUGCAGACGGCCUUCUACGAGAGCGUGCUUGACGCGUGCUGCCUGGUGCCGGAUUUGGAGAGGCUGCCUGACGGCGAUCAGACUCGUGUGGGGCGGAAAGGGGUGACACUGAGUGGGGGCCAGCAGCAGAGGGUGGCGCUGGCGCAGGCCGUGUAUUCCAAGGCGGAGGUGGUGCUCAUGGACGACCCUUUCUCUGCGCUCGGUCCGGACAGCAAGCAACGACCACACACAGGGAGGAUGUGUGUGUCUGUCUCCCUCUGUGUGUCUCUCACUGUGUGUGGACCGUCAGAUUUGGACGUGGCAAGGGCGAUAUGGUCUCGCUGUGUGAAGGGUCUGUUGAGCGACCGGACGCGCAUCUUCGUGACGCAGCAGCUGUGGAUGCUCAACCAGUGCGACCACGUCAUCGUCAUGGACCAGGGGCGCAUUGUCUCACAGGGGCCCUACACACAGGUCGCCACCAGCACAGUCUUCCAGGCACUGCUCGGCGCAUCCUCCUCCUCCUCCACCAGCCCGCCGCUGCCCAUCACCGACCCCUCUAUGGCCGCCCCCACGCACACAGCGUCAGCACUCUCCCUCCCCUUCACCGACCAGCCCGCCACACCGACUGCUCUCUCUACUUCCAGCCUGCGCCAGCGCGCAGCCGCCACCCCCACCCCGCAGCACGGCAGUACGGAAGAGCCGUCCCUCCGCAUAUCGGUGAGAACUGACGACCAAGAUCGGGACGACGAGACAGACACGAGCACGGCCGGGGGCGAUGGCGAUGACGGCGACAAUGAGAGAGAGAGGGAGAGGGACUAUGACCUGUGUGGGGUGGAGAGGGGCGACGAGGGGAAGGAGGCGCGUGUGGUGGAGAGCUAUGUGCCGCAUCUGCGGGUGAUGGGCGGGUUUGGGGUGUGGGGCAGCGUCAUCGUGUUGGGGGUGCUGGCGCAGGCCGCCCUCGUGGCGUCUGACUACUUCCUCGCCAUAUGGAGCCACCAGGAGCAGACCAGUGACAGCGUCACGGCAUUUCACCCUUUUCAAGCAUACGGUCAGCCACAUGCGCAACACGCACACCACACACAAUAUCCCAUAUCUGCUGCGACACACACAGGAUGGUGCAUCCUUCUGGCCGGUCUGAUGAUGACCUUCCGCGCCCUGGCCUUCGCCUACGGCUGUCGGCUGGCGUCGACCUUCUACCACCACCACCUCAGCCGCGUCAUAACGGGCGCCAAGAUGGCCUUCUUCGACCACACUCCGUCGGGCCGCAUCCUGAGCCGCUUCUGCACCGACCUCGGCCACGUCGACGGGGGCAUCCCCCAUAUGCUGGAGGCGCUGAGCCUGCUCGUGUUCACCAUACUCGGGUAGGGUGGGUGGGGGCAGGGUGGCAUGCAUGACACACGUGGCACUGGGAAUGGAAACGUGUGUGUUGUGGUGUGUUGUGUGCUGUGGAUUGGCUUGUGGGUUGUUGCAGGAAUCUGUUUGGCGUGGCGUUUGUGGCGCCGUCGUUCCUGGCGGCCAUUGUGGUGGCGGCCGCACUCUUCUGGUAGUGGGGGCCCACACGCACACACAGACGUGAAGCAAGAGAGUCUCACGCUCUCGUCUGUGUGUGUGCAUGGUGCUAUCAGGCGCAUCAAGAACGUUUGCUACAGGUGGGGUGGGUGGGGGCUGGUGGUGGAUUGAUGUGCCCCGCUCAAUGCAUUGACAGAUUGUCUGUCUGUGUCUCUGUUUGUUUUGGUUGACAGGGGUGCGUGUCAGCUGCAGCGGCUAGACGCCUCGAGCAGGGCACCCAUCCUGACCCUUGUCGAAGAAGCCUUCCAGGUACAAUAUACACAUGCCUCUAAUUCACACACCCCACCACAGACACACGUUCUUUCUUUGCUUCCUUUGGUGUGUGGUGUGCAGGGUCGUGUGUGCAUCCGAGCGAUGGGCAAGGGCGGCAUGCAGUGGUUCACACAGCGCUUCUCCCGAGCUGUCGACCUCAACCUCGCCGCACACUACCACCUCAGAACGGUCAGUCCGUGUGUUGGCUCUCAGAUGCUAUGCUCACCGACCCACCCACCCCAUACAUGGCCUCCGUGUCGUGUGUGUGCUCAGGUGUUCCGGUGGGCAGUGCUGCGUCUGGAGACGACCAAUGCCAUGCUGACGUCGCUGGCGGUGUUUGCCCUCUACGCCACCACCGCCGGAUGGACGAGCGGACUGCAGCAAAUCGACGGCACAAGGCGGGCUUACACCGUUCCAACCCCCCCCUCCCCCCCCUCCACACACACACACAGACAAAACAGAAUGUGGUCCUUGUGAUGCUGGAUGCCUAUCUGCGUGUUCAGUGGUGUGCACGACUCGGCAUUGUUCGGCGUGGGACUCAACUGGGCCAUUGCCAGCGGUGAGGACGACGAGAAAGGCACCGUCCGUCACAAUGACCUGCGUGGAUGAAUGGAAUGGACGCCUGCCUUCCCUGUGUGUGUAUUGCGUAUGGUCAGCUGGUUAUGUGGGGUUCCUGGUGUUUGUGGUGACCGACCUGGAGUCCAAAAUGACGUCGGUCGACAGAAUCAAGUAACCACACACACACACACUCCACUCCCAGCCACACACAUCACCACCCACCCUGUCUGCCCCUUUGCUGCCCUCACACCCCACCCAGAGAUUACAUCGACAACGUGCCCACCGAGCCCUCCGAGGCCCCCUCCCACCCCCCCGACGCAUGGCCCGACCUCGGACAAAUCAGCUACCAGGACCUCACCGUUGCCUACAAGAGCAAAUCAGACGACGACGACCACCACCACCAGCAGGGGCCAGGCGGGGAGGGUGAGGGUGGCGUGUGUGUGGCACUGAGGAAUGUGACUGUCGAUGUGGCUGGGGGCAGCAGGGUGGGGCUGGUCGGCAGGACGGGAAGCGGCAAGACCUCACUCGUCAUGGCGCUGUGAGCAGUGAAGUGACGGCACACACCGAAAUGGGAGACGUGAUGUGUGUGUGUGUGUGCAGGUAUCGAUUGUAUGACGAAGCGACCCAGGGUCAGAUCACUUUGGACAACUACCCCCUCCACUCCAUCCCUCUCGCCCGGCUGCGCGCCUCGCUGGCCCUGCUGCCGCAACACGCUGCCCUCUUCAACCACACUCUCAGGUACGGUACCCCACACGCCCUUCCUUCCAACCAACACACCACGAUGAUGUAUGUGUGUGUUUGUCAGGUUCAACCUGGACCCUUGUGGUCGUGCGAGCGACGAUGAGCUGGUGGGCAUCAUCAAGCGGCUGGGGCUGGGGCGUCUGGAGCUGCUCGGCAGCGCUGACGGCAGGAGCGCCACAGCCAUGCUGGACGCUACUAUCGAGCCGCAGGGAGGUCAGUGCAGUGCAGCCGCGCAGUGCAUUGAGUUACACACAGAGGGAGGCUACACACAAUGGCGUGUCUUGUGUCGUGUGUGUGUUGUGUGCGUCAGGCAAUUUAAGUGGCGGUGAGCGCCAGUGGGUGGCGCUGGGGCGGCUGCUCAUCGAGGCGCAGCGCGCACGAAUCAUCAUACUCGACGAGUAAGGCCAUGCACACGCAGCACAGGACACCACACCACAGCAUAGCAUUGGCCAUAUAUGGCUCUCUCCUCCAGGCCCACAAGUCCCCUUGACAGCGGCACUGAAGCCAUGAUGGUCGCCCUCAUCCGCGAGGUGGCUGUGGGCAGGACGCUGCUCGUCAUCUCCCACAGACCCGACACAGUACAGGUGAAGCGAUCGACCACACACAGAAGGAGGGAGACACGGAAGCAUGUCUGUCUGUCUGUCUGCGUGUGUGUGUGCGCAGGCUCUGUGCGAGCGGCGCAUCAAGCUGCAGGACGGCGUCAUCGUCGAAGACGAUGCGCAGCAGCAGCAUGAGGGGGAGGGGGGAGGGGCGGCUGAAAUAAAUGCCGACUUGUGA